AUGGUUUUACCAUUCAACUGUUUAAGGCACAAAAUUGGUGCUUGUUGCAACUACGAAAAAAAGAAGAACAGAACUGAAAACUUUCAGUAUGAUGAUGCCGAUGAUGCCGAUGAUGAUGAUGAUGAUGAUGAUGAUGAUGAUGAGGAUGCUGAUGAUGAUGCUAAUGAUGAUAUGACAUGCAAACUAAAAGUCAGGAAAAGGAUGGAAAAACCAAAGUAA